AUGGCGACGAGCAACCCGCCUCUCCUGCCCCCACCAGGGCUGCCCGUUUCGGUGCCCAGAGCACCUUCGGCAGCGGCGGGGGUCCCCAUGCCGCCCACCUUCCUUCGCCCUCCUAGCUUCUUCGUGCGCGCCGCGGCCGCCGCGGCUGCAGCGGCGGCAGCAGCCGCCGCCACCGCAGGCAAUCCCUCCAGCUGCUACGCGCAGGCGGCGGUGGGGCUGGAGCGCGGCGUGUGUUAUCCGCGCACGCCGAAGUGCGCCCGCUGCCGCAACCACGGCGUGGUGUCGGCGCUGAAGGGCCACAAGCGCUUCUGCCGCUGGCGGGACUGUGGUUGCGCCAAGUGCUCGCUCAUAGCGGAGCGGCAACGCGUGAUGGCCGCCCAGGUGGCGUUGCGCAGGCAGCAAGCGCAGGAGGAGAUCGACGCGCGGGCCGGCGGCGGCGGCGGCGGAACUCACCAGCAGCAAAAGCGGACGCCUGUUGCGGUCCACCUGAGCCCCGGGAGCCAGGCGGCCGGCGACGCCGGCGCUGAAAGCGAGCCUGCUGCUAAGAGUUUCUGCCCGGUGUUCCAGCGCGCGCGAAGAGAAGAGAAGAUUCAGAAGUAUGACUUCUACUGCAGUGAAUCGGGCACUUCUGUAGUCCAUUUGCUUACACCCUCCCUGACAUCUUCUGAAGCUGCUGGAAGUAAUCAAGAGAAGCCCGAGACGCAGACUUUAAAUAAAGAGAUAGCUUUAUCGGGUACUGAUGAAUCUUUAGAAGGAACUGACAGCCCAGCCUCUUUGUCUUCGUCGGACAUGGAAUCUGGAAAUGAAAGCGAGUGUCCCAAGGAUUUUGUUCCCUGUUGCAGCAUCCCUCCUGCUGCUGCUACUGCUUCUGUUGCUGACAGUGCCUUAAAGCGCAGAGACCCCCUUAAUAUUCUUACCAAGGUCUUUCCUAAUCACAAACCAAGCAGGUUGGAAAGGGUUCUGCAGCUCUGCAGAGGAGACAUAGUCCAAGCUAUAGAGCAGAUCCUGAAUGCCAGCGAACACAGGCCAGGAUUCCGAGAGCUUGCAAUCCCAGUCUUGCCUGAAUGCAGUGCUUUCCAGAGACCUUCUGAUUUUGGCCUCGGAGUAGAUGUCGCAGCAGCGCUUGGCAAUAAAUCAGCAUUUGUUCCUCUUCAAACCAGCUCGGCCUCUUCCAGGAGAGAGAUGAAUUUUUAUGGCUUAAGCCCUAGACUGGGAAUUGGACCUCUAAGAGUGACUUAUUCUCCCCCAGGAAGAGCUUUACCUGGAUUGAUGGCACCAUACCUGAGGACUGGCUUGUUUCCUGCUUUUCCUUUUCAUCCAGUGGUGGACUCUUCCUUCUCAGGAGUGAUCAAAGAUGCAUCUUAUUCCCCCAGUGAAGACAAGUUUUUCAGUACCAAGAUGUACGCCAGAUUAAAUGACGAACGCAAAUAG